AUGGCCACUGUUGCCCGUCGAUGGAUCUCGUUUACUAUUGUCCGUUCAUUCUCGUCUACAUUUACUGAGUUGAGCAUGCAAAUGAAGAAAGAAGAGGUCGAGCCCUCCAAUUCUACCAUUAUGCACCUGAAGAAAGAGACCCAAGUGGCAAAGACUGCCUUUGCGCGUUUUAAAGCUGGCAAGAAAGCUUACUAA